GAACAGCAGCUGUGGGACAGUGGGUAUAGGUGAUCUCUAGCAAGCGCAAGAUUACUCAGUUGGGGCAGCGACGGCUCGAGAGAACAGCUGCAUGGAACUCGAAGAUUUGUGGCACGCGAAGAGUUUGUGAGCAUGAACGACGAGACGAUUACAGAAACGACAUUUUUGGUUAAUAGCGACGUCAGAAGCCCUACUUACUGUUCGAACGAACACCCAACCGAACAAAAUCUAGAAAACGGUCAGAAGAAACUCUGCACCACCAAACGAGUAAUUAUUUUCCUGUUUAUAUGUAUUAUUGUUGCGGGAGUUGGUACAGCAGUAGUACUCCUCACCAAAUACGUGGAGUCUCAGAACUCACAUGCACAGAAUGCGAGUAAAGCUUUUCCAAUAACAGAAGAGUUUGUGUGCAGUUUUAAAGAUAAAACCCAGCCUUUUAAGAACGUGACAGGCUUUUCGAUUGUUUCAACAACUAGAAUCGACGAUCAAGUGAGAUUGCACCGUUUUCAAGCCGAACAGCCACUGCAACGUCUCCAGCAGAAUAGCGUACCAUAUUGUGACAAGCAUGAACCUGCUCGCGUUCCUGUAGUGGGAAUCAUUCAAGCAGAUGUGAAAGCAAGUGGAUCAGAUGGUGAUGUUGAUGUUACCAUUCCCUUGAGUACGCCGCAUGGUGCGGGUGGUCACAAUCCUAAUCUGGCUCUUAAAUACAAUGCAAAUGCUGGUGAUAGCGUGUUGGGUAAGGGGUGGGGAAUGGCUUUUUUACCCAGCAUAUCACGUUGCCCAAAAACCUGGGAACAGAACGGAUACUCUCAAGGAAUCACGUUAACGGAAAAAGAUGCUUUCUGCUCUGGUUCAGAUCAGCUUGUAUUAGUUCGAGGUCAGACGCCCGAUUCACAAAACUAUCAAGGAGAAAUUUAUCAAACAGCGCGGUACAGUAAAAUUUUAUACAAAGCUUACGGUCCACGAAAUGGUUUCGGUCCAAUCUACUGGACCGCUCAUCUUCCCAAUGGUAUUAAACGUGAGUUCGGCGUAACGGCUGACUCUAGGAUUAUGGCAGCAAAUGGAGCGGUUUUUAUAUGGCAAGCUAGCUCAGUAAGUGACCCAUUUGACAAUCCUAUCAAUAUGGAAUACCAACAAUCUACUGACGGAUCGGCUGACUGGUACCGUACUGCUAUCAAGUACGCCGAAGGAAACGCUAAAGUAGAGUUUACCUACAUACCCAGGUCAGAUGAAACCGAAGGAUAUGUGAGUGGUAUUCCCCUUCGUACCACUAAACUGUUGUCAGCGAUAACCAGUUACUCCACUAUACCACAACAAAACUCUGACGAUUUUCCAGUUCAAUCCGUCAACGAAAUGUCAUCUGGAAACAGUUCAUCUCAAAAUCUAAUACCAAUUUUUAAAUACUAUUUUAAUUAUGAACAAUCUCCUGUCAGUGGGCGUAGUCUACUUUCAAGUUUACAAUUGUGUGAUGGAUGUGACACCGUUUGCCAACUUCCCAUAAAGUUUUCUUAUGACGGCGGUUUAGGAAUUUCUCCUCUUCAAAAUGAUACUUUAAAAACUAACUCUAUGACGGUUCCGUCUAGUUGGUAUUAUGAGGUGAACUGCCAAGAAAGCAAAGGCACAAAGCUAUUCUACCCUACAUUGACAAAAAGGCUGACCGUAGAUGUAAAUGGAGACGCUAAAGCAGACGUAGUAGUGACAACCUGGAAUGCAAAUGGCUUUCUUAUGCAGACAUACCUAAGCAAUGGAGAUGGCUCUUUUAAGCCUGCUAUACAAAUAGACCUAAUUUCAUCGGGAACUGAAUGGACUGAGUUUUACCAUUUUAUGUCCGUAGUCGUAGAUGAAAAGAAUGCAACUUUUUCUGUUUUUAUGAACGACUUCUCUGGAGAUGGCAUUCCCGAUGUGAUGGCCGUUUUGAUCGUCGAUUCCAAGGCAAAGCCUCAGUGGCGUCCUACGAUAGACGGAAGUGAGGUAUACAUAACAACGGUGACUGCUAAGGGACGUGGAGGAGGUUUUUAUGAUGCCGUUCAAUACAGCCAUGUCAACCAAGCAAUCGAUUUCUUAGGUAAUGCUUCAGCACUAAAAUGUGACGUCAUCCUACAAGACGUCAUUCCUGAUUUUAAGCUAGACUUACUGAUUGCGUGUGGAGGGAGCAACGGAUGGAAAGUCAUGACCGCGAUGGGAGAUGGAAAUGGCUUCUUUAUAAACAGAACAAAUAUGAUUUCGCAUCUUGAUUCUAUAAUUGGCUCUGCUGACAAAUACGAACUGCUUUAUCAAGACGUUACCGGUGAUGGUUCACCUGAUCUUAUAGCUGUAUAUGCAGGGCCACGCGGUAUUAUGACUUUUGUUUCCAAGUCUCAAAGAAACGGUUUGUACGAACCAUUGAAACAGCAAAUCCUUUCAAGCGACAAUGUUGGCACAGAAGGCAAUCACUCGAUUCAAAUUGCCAACUUAGGUGGAGGAACUUUGGAUCUCGUCGUGUCCAGUAUUGAUAAUACGGGAUGGUCAGCUUGGAUAUCCAGAAGUACAGGUGAUGGAAAGUUUACUCCUGCAAUUUCAAAAGUCAUAUCAGUAUUGCCGUUUGGUUGGGGAUCGGAGGUAGCUCAACAAUAUAUUUUUGACAUGAACGGUGACGGUAGAGGUGAUUUUGUAGCAAUCCGCACACCUGGCAAGCAGCAAGAUCGUUUCCUUGUUUACGUUGCUUACUCUUUACCUAAAAAGUUUGAGUUUAGUUCUCUUGAGGAAAUUAGGCUUUCUUCAGGCGUGGAGUCUGCAUCUAGCACUGAUGUAAAUGAACCGUUUGUUGCCGAUGUGACCGGAGACGGUCGUGUCGACAUUGGAGCUUUUCAUCUUCAUUUCUACACUUGUAAGAACGAUCCCUUUUAUAGCAAGCUGUACGUGGUGCCGAGCCAGGGACGGUCUCCUUUGGAUAAAUUGACAAAAUUGCAAAAUGGUUUUGGAUCGUGGACAUCGCUGAAGUAUGAACCCAUGACCAGUUUAUCUGUUUACUCUAAAACUCCAGCACAUGGCGUUUCAGUGGUAAAAGGUCCAUACGUUGCUUUGCCUGUAUCACAUCGUUACUUAGUUCAAUCUAUCGAUCACGAUGACGGUUCGGGUGGCACGUCUUCUGUAACACAUUUUUACGCCGGUUUUGCUGUGCACACGCGAGGUUACGGCAGCUUGGGAUUUGCUCAGAUCACUAGCACGCAGUCGGUUACGGGAAUAAGUCAGACAACAGAUUUUAGUCAGGACUUUACUCGGAGGAAGAAACGGUUGCCUGAACGAUUGCGCACCUUUUCUCAAAGUGGCGUUUUGCUUGGAGACCAGAACAACACGUGGAGUGUGAAAGACAUUCAGCUACAACCGAUAACAACCGACGCUAUUCUUGCAUACGAAGUUGUGCAACAGUCGCAAGUUAGCAACUCAGAAACUGGUCAACUGGUUAGGUCAGAAAGGAGAGAGACUGCUUUCGAUGGUUUUGGCAAUCCAAUCGACACAAACUACACUUCUUCAGACGUGUACGGAAUUUAUGAAAAAACAACUACAACAAAAUAUCGCAAUGAUGCAUCGAAAUGGCUCAUUGGCUUGCCGGAAGAAAUCAUAGAAACAUCUCAAGUAGCGUGGGAAAAUCUUCCAAAUGACUUACUUGUUUCUUCCCAUAGACAUACUGAUCGAACUGGACGUCAAUGGAUCGUCUAUAAAAAGGAAGCCAAACGGACAUUUGACAUAGAGACAGGCACCAUCACGUCAGAAACACUGCUUGCCGGUACACCGUACGAAAUUGUCACUACGUCGACUCGUGACUCAAGAGGCAAUGUUGUUCGUGUGGAAUCUUUGGCAUCGGGAGAAAGCAAACCUCAAAUAGUGAAUAUGGGGUAUGAUACAAGUGGACGAUUUCAAGUCAAGUAUUGCGACGUUAUUGGAUUUUGUCAGUAUUGGGCUCAUGGAGCAGCAGGUCAAAUUCUAAGAGAAACUGGAGACAGCGGUGAUAUUAUUAUUCAUCAAUAUGAUACUCUUAUGAGAGAAUUGCAAGCCGUCUCAUCUCAAGGACAAGGGGUUAAUACGUCUCUGAUGUACUGUGAUAGCCACCUGGCGACACAAUACAAUAACAAGCCAUUGGCAAAUACAGUCUCGUGCGCUGCAUUUUCUAAUGCUGUUUAUGUCAAAGUAAUUCAGCCUAUCAUUGGUCCACCAUCUUAUCAGUAUUUUGAUCGACACGGUAGACGCGUAGGAGUAAGCAAAACCUUAAAAAAUGACAAUCAAAUUAUUACAGAAUCUACAGAAUAUGACAAGUUUGGUAAACCCAAAACCUUAUCGUUGCCUCACACAACCACGACAGAAUCUGUAAUAACGCUUGAUUAUGGAAGAGAUGAAUAUGGACGAGUAGUCAGUGUGACGAACUCUCUUUUUCCUAGCCGGAAAGUCAACAUUCAAACUGUUGGCUCUAAUAUAACAUUCAUAGAUCCUCUUGGCAGAAAAAAGAAACAUGUAACAAACGCUGCAGAUUUAGUGGUGGAGGUAGUUGGUGAGAUGCAAGAGCAACUUCGUUAUUGGUACGAUCCUGACGGUAAUCUCUUGGGUGUUCAAGGUCAUAUCAACGACAAAGACUUUGAUUGGCUUCUUCGUACCGCGUACGACGAAGGUGGAUACAAGCAAGCUAUUAUUCAUCCUGAUAGGGGACGUUGUAAAGAUGGUAACACUAAUUGUGUAAGGUAUGAAUACGGUCAUGACAGCAGGGGACGUCUUAUUUGGCAGAAAGAUCCAAACGGAAAUAAUGUAACUUUUGAAUGGGAUGCACGCGGCAGAGCUAUGGCAGCACAUAGCGCGGAAGGCAGUCACUACUACAAUUACAGCAAACAAUUUCCAGACAAACUUGUAGCAGAGUAUUCCGUUAACAGUGAUGUCAAAUACUGUCUAAACUACACGUAUGAUUUAAAAGGACUACUUAUUCAAGUUGACAAAAAGUUUCAAUUGCCGGAAUUGGAUUUGCCAAAAUCAUCUGCAAAUGGGUGUUGGUACAAUUCGACACUUAAAUAUGAUUACGAUUCUACUGGCAGACUGACUCGCAUUGUUUAUCCAACAGGGUUUUCGUUCACCCCGAUGUAUGAUGACAACAAUCGAGUUACAAAAGUAGUGGACAUGAUGGGAAGAGUUCAGUGGCAAGCACUUGAAUUCAAUUCGAAUGGCCAAGUAACUAAAGAACAAAGAGGAAAUGGUUUAGUGACGGAAUAUGGUUACGAUGCGUUGUCUCACACUUUGCUUUCCAUACGUACUUACGGGAAUAAGGUGACCGUGCAAGAUAUCAAGUACACACUCGAUGACGCAGAGAACGUCAUUGAACGAGUGGACGGUACAAAGGGUUUGCAGGAGAGUUUUGAAUACGAUGAGCUUAACAGAAUUAUUAAAGCAUCACUACAAGGCUCUGGAACGCCAUUUGUGCAAGAGUUUCGAUACGACGACAACAGCAAUUUGAUCUACAAGAGCGACGUCGGAGAAUUUCAUUAUUCUUCUGACCAUCCACAUGCAAUCAAACAAGUCAGAAAAAGUAGCAAUACUUCUUUAUUAUACGAGUUUGAAUACGAUGCCAACGGAAAUCGAGUUUCUGGCAAUGGAACUUCCAUCCGAUAUAAUUCGAUGAACAAACCUGUAAACAUAACGCGUGGUCCAUUCACUACGAUAUUUGACUAUACAUUGACAGGCAAACUAAUAGGACGUCGUGAUAGAGUGCGGUUGAACGUUACACAAGAAGGUAACUCGUCUAACGUCACUCUGCGCACGUACCGCACUACCAUGUACGUCGACGAUCUCUACCACGAAGAGACGACACGCGAUCCGGUCCUGAAACCCUCUACUGUGCAGAAACAUUACAUUGAAACGUACGCAGUUGUAGUCAGGAUCAUUAACGGCACCGUAAAGGUGGUUAACGAUUCUCAUGGCAACGUUACAGAUAUUCGAGGAGGAUAUGAUCAAUUGUAUGUUGUGUACCCGUAUACUGAUGUCAAGGGGUCUCUGUCUCUUGUCACUGAUGAGUCUGGAAAGGUCGUACAAGAAUACAGUUUUGAUGUUUGCGGAUCUCCCAGAUCCCCUCUCACUUGGCUACCGCUGAAACGCCGCGACGAAACAGUUCAGAAUGUAACAUUUUUGUCUCUCGAUGAAGCUAACAAUCUGUUGUCUCGUUACCAACACACAGACCAGCAAGGUUACGAUGGACAUGAGCAGCUGUUAGACAUCGGAGGUGACCUCAUUCAUAUGCAAGGAAGACUGUAUGACAGCACUCACUGCACGUUUUCUACACCAGAUCCAACCAACGACAAUUCGUACAGCCUGGUCGGAUACAAUUCGUACGCAUACGGAAGGUUCAAUCCGUUAAGUGGAUCUGACCCUAGCGGAUAUGGAUUCCUUUCGUGGCUAGGACACCUAUUCAGCAGCCUUUUUCACUUACUUGCUCACAUUGCAGAAGAAAUCGGUAAAUUUAUAGUUCAUAUCAUCGACGACGUCGUCAAGUUUUUGCGCAAAUUUCCCAUUCUAGAUGACAUUCUGACAGCAGUCAUCGACGAAAUUGCCGAAAUGACGGGCAAUUUAUGGAUCGAAUUUGUUUGGACUAUUAUCAACGGUAAAAUCAUGGGAGAGAGCUGGGGCGACAUUCUCAAAGACGGUAUUAUAAAUUUGGCUACGACUGGUGUGGGAUCUAUACUAAAAGGAGCCAAAAGUGCUGCGGAAUUUCUUGGUGCUGCAGCCGAAGGCGCAGAAGUCGCCGUCCAUGCGGAAGAAGACGCACUUAAGACAGCCUUGAAAGUCGUUACAGAUGUUGCAAAGAAAGUGGCAGGCCGGAUCAUAAAAAGGAAACUGUCCAACGUGUUUACUUGUUCAUACAACAACAUUCCUUACUUGAUGCUCGAUAUUCAUGGCUUAACAACGAAAGCUGUGGAAGGUGCCAUCAACGCAGCAGCACUAGAUGCCAUCAAAGGACACUUCGGUGAUAUCUCGAAAGACACUUUACAGGGGGCUUGGAAAGUAUUUAGGAAUGCCAUCGUGCAGAAGUUGGAUAAGCAGACAAACAGACACAACUUUUUGACUGCUAUCAACAAGUGGGGCACCAGGAAAGUUCCUCUCAUUAACAACGCCGGACAUGAAUUCGAGAAGAUGACGACGUUUUUUGGCGGCUCCAAAAGACCCGACUACUAUGCACAAGCAACGAUUGAUGUUCGAACGGACAUAGAUCGAACGAUUUUGGGUUUUGAUAGACACUUCACGGUGACUUUCAAUGCUCAUACGCAUGCAGUAUACUUUCAGUCCCAGGCGAGUGCCGACUUCUUCUUCAUGCACAAAGCGCAACUCAUGCAUUUGCAGAUACGAGUGCACGCGGAAGCUCCCGAAACUUGGAAGCGGCACCUCUAAACAAGGAAGGAACGUGAUUGUUAACUGUUCUUGACUCUUAUUGCAGUUGCAUGUUUAUGCAUUGAUAUUGUCGUAUGUGUAUUGCUGACCAAUUAUAGCUAUAGACGUUAGUAAGAACUUAUCUUAUGACUGAUUUAGUGGACUUUGGUUUUUUAGUACGCUCGCUGAAUGUGUGAUUUGCGUGUUAUCAAUGCUAUACAGUAUUGAAAUAGAUUGAACUUCAUGUAGACCUCGAAUGAAAUGAAAGAACGCCACAGCUAUUGUAUAUAU